CCUGCAUCAGACUGCAAAAGUGUUGCGGCAAACUACCUACUUUAUGCCAACUGUUUAAUUAUUUUAGACUGUCACAGCGCCUGAGUGCCUGCUGCUCCUGCCGCAGGCAAACUAAACCCACCAAGUUUCUCUUAGUUGGUUAGCCUGGCUUGACUUUUUUGGUCCCCGAUUCUCAUUUCUACCACUUUUCUCCUUCCACUAUCCAACAUCCACAUUUCCUCCAGCACACCAAUCUCUUCCUUGAGCAUUUCCCUGCUUCUCUGUUGCAGUCGAUUGCUCUCUUCCCCGUUCCCUCUCCGAAAAUACUCGUGUCCUCAAAAAAACGUGAAAACCCUCCGACGAAAAACCCCAGGCUGAGUCGCAGCUUGCUCGACUCUUCUUUAUUCAUAUAUCCUUCAACUCCACCUGUUCCGUUCCGGAUUCAGUAUUGAAAGAGAAGUAAAAGACAAAAAACAACCAUCCAUCAUGUCUGCCGCCGACGUUACCACCGCUCCCACUGCUGGUCAGAAUGGCUCCGCCGACGCACCUGCUCAAAAUGGUGGCCCAACCAUCAACACAAGCGUGGUGCAGGGCGAGGGUGCUGGCGAGAACGACGUUCAGACUCCUUUCUCGGCCGCUCCUUCCAGCUCGCAACACUCUGCCUCGCUCUAUGUUGGCGAACUCGAUCCUUCCGUCACCGAGGCCAUGCUCUUCGAGUUGUUCUCCUCCAUUGGCCAAGUCGCCUCCAUCCGUGUCUGCCGUGACGCCGUCACUCGUCGCUCCCUUGGCUACGCCUACGUCAACUACAACAAUACUGCUGACGGUGAGCGUGCUUUGGAGGAUCUGAACUACACCAGCAUCAAAGGUCGUCCUUGUCGCAUCAUGUGGUCUCAACGUGACCCUGCCCUGCGCAAGACUGGUCAGGGUAAUGUCUUUAUCAAGAAUCUCGACGCCGCUAUCGAUAACAAGGCUCUUCAUGAUACCUUUUCUCAAUUCGGUAACAUUCUUAGCUGCAAGGUCGCUCAAGACGAAUUGGGCAACUCCAAGGGCUACGGCUUUGUCCACUACGAAACCGCCGAGGCUGCAACCUCCGCCAUCAAAUCUGUCAAUGGCAUGUUGUUGAACGACAAGAAGGUCUUUGUCGGUCACCACAUCGCAAAGAGAGAUCGCCAGAGCAAGUUUGAGGAGAUGAAGGCCAACUUCACCAAUGUUUAUAUCAAGAACAUUGACGAGUCUGUCUCUGACGACGACUUUCAGAAACUGUUUGAAAAGUACGGUGACGUCGUCUCUGCUAGCAUCACUCGCGACGAUUCCGGCAAGAGUCGUGGAUUUGGCUUUGUCAAUUUCACCAGCCACGAGGCCGCCUCCCAGGCCGUGGAUGAGCUCAAUGAUAAGGAGUUCCAUGGUAAGAACUUGUAUGUUGGCCGUGCUCAGAAGAAGCAUGAACGUGAGGAGGAGCUGCGCAAGCAGUACGAGGCUGCUCGGCUCGAGAAAGCCUCCAAGUAUCAGGGUGUCAAUCUUUACGUGAAGAACUUGGCUGAUGACAUCGACGAUGACAAGCUCCGUGAUCUCUUCAAUUCAUAUGGUACAAUCACCUCGGCAAAGGUCAUGCGCGACAGUGUCGAGCGUAGCGAUUCACCCACCGAUGACAAGGAUAAGGAGAAUAAGAAGACCGAGACCCAGGAGUCCGAGGAAAAGAAAGAAGAGUCAUCAGACGCUGAAACCAAGGAUGCUGCCAAAGAAGAACCAAAAGAAACCAAGAAAUCUCAGAAGCUGUUUGGCAAGAGCAAGGGUUUCGGUUUCGUGUGCUUUAGCAACCCUGACGAGGCUUCCAAGGCUGUUUCUGAGAUGAAUCAGAAGAUGAUCAACGGCAAGCCGCUCUAUGUUGCCCUAGCCCAGCGCAAGGAUGUUCGCAAGAAUCAGCUAGAGGCUAGCAUCCAAGCUCGCAACACCAUUCGCCAACAGCAACAAGCCGCAGCUGCUGGUCUUCCCCAGGGCUACAUCCAACCCGCUGUCUUUUACGGCCCGGGACAGCAAUUCCUUCCUCCAGGUGCUCAACGUGGUGGCCUGCCUUUCGCAGGUCAACCUGGCUUCAUUCCUGGCAUGCAAGGUGGCGGACGUGGACAAUUUGCUGGUAUGCAACAACAAGGACGCGGUCUUCCCCAAGGCCAGCAGUUCCCUCCCCAGUUCGGUCUGCCUGGACAAAUGCCAUUCAUGCAAAAUCCCGCUCUCAUGAACGGCAUGUAUGGCAGCCCUCAAGCUAUGGCUCAAUUCCAACAGCAGCAGCAACUCGGCCGCGGUGCAGGUGGACGUGGUCAACCCCAAGGUGGACAAGGAUUCCCUCCUAACGUCCAAGGAAUCCCUGGUGGCGUUCGAGGAGCACCCAACUUCCCCCCAGGUGGUGGCCGUGGUGGCGUUCAAGCACUUCCCGGUGGCGCUGGUCGUCAGCCCCAACAGGGUGCUCGAGGACCCAACUACCCUGGUCGUGAAGAGGUGCCAUCGACGUCCAGUCUUAGCAACCUUGCAGCCCUCCCUCCCAGCCAACAAAAGCAAAUGCUGGGCGAAGCCAUCUAUCCCAAGAUCGCCGCCAUCCACCCUGAACUCGCUGGCAAGAUCACGGGCAUGCUCUUGGAGAUGGAUAAUUCGGAGCUCAUCACAUUGGUCGAUGAUGACGCUGCACUUCGUUCGAAGGUCGAUGAAGCACUCAGUGUGUAUGACGACUACAUGAAGACUCAGCCUACCACUACUGGAGGUCCCAACGGAAACAAGGAAGACGAAGCACCAAAGGCCGAGGGCACUGAGUCGACCAAUGCCUAAGAGAUGGUCACCAAAUUCCGAUCAGAUUGAAAACCGGUUGUAUUGAUUCUUAGGCCUGCAUGCGUACGGAAAAGUUUUUGAUCACCAUCGUUCCCUACAGAGUGUUCUUGAAUGAAUCUACUCUGGAGCUGUGCAGGACACGGAUGGAGGUCAUGCGGAGAACGGAGUACUCUCCUCGCGAUGGGAGGGGCAAGUUUCCAUGGGCUGGGAAAGCAGAACUCCCAGGUCAUCUUUUUUCCUUUUGUGUGUGUAUGAUAGACUGGGCGAUAUGAUUCUUGUUGCAUGUCCUAUGCCACAUGGGCAGGAGGGUAUGUAGUGUAGCUUUAUGGUCUUUGGGUCUUGUUCCUGCAAAUGGGAGAUCCAAGAUAUGAUUCCAGAUUACACAUCGACUUCGCUGCAUGGCCUUGGUAGAUUCCCCCUAAUGUCGAAUAACACCUUUAUUUCGUCUCG